GCCGAGGUUCUUGCUCCGUAGGCCGCGGGGGGGUACGGAGGUGGCAGCUGUGGGAGGAGGCGGCGCGGGAGGCCGCGGAGCUCGAGCUCGGACCAAUCCCCGCGUCCCGGGCCGCGACCCUGACCCUGCAGCGCACCGGGAAGCGAAACCGGCCGGAUGGGCCGCUGAGCCCAAAUCGGGCACUGUGUGGAGCCCCCUGGAGCUGAGAUCAGGAUGUUCCGCUUCAUGAGGGAUGUGGAGCCUGAGGAUCCCAUGUUCCUGAUGGACCCCUUUGCUAUUCACCGUCAGCAUAUGAGCCGUAUGUUGUCAGGUGGCUUUGGAUAUAGCCCCUUCCUCAGCAUCACAGAUGGCAACAUGCCAGGGACCAGGCCUGCCAGCCGCAGGAUGCAGCAGACUGGAGCUGUCUCUCCCUUUGGGAUGCUGGGAAUGUCGGGUGGAUUCAUGGACAUGUUUGGGAUGAUGAACGACAUGAUUGGUAACAUGGAACACAUGACAGCUGGAGGCAAUUAGACCUUCUCAUCUUCUACUGUCAUCUCCUAUUCCAAUACCGGCGAUGGUGCCCCCAAGGUUUACCAAGAGACAUCAGAGAUGCGCUCGGCACCAGGCGGGAUCCGGGAGACACGGAGGACUGUUCGGGAUUCAGACAGCGGACUGGAACAGAUGUCCAUCGGGCAUCACAUCCGGGACAGGGCUCACAUCCUCCAGCGCUCCCGAAACCAGCGCACAGGGGACCAGGAGGAGCGGCAGGACUAUAUCAACCUGGAUGAGAGUGAGGCCGCAGCGUUUGAUGACGAGUGGCGGCGGGAGACGUCCCGAUUCCGGCAGCAGCGCCCCCUGGAGUUUCGGCGGCUUGAGUCCUCAGGGGCGGGGGGACGAAGGGCAGAGGGACCUCCCCGCCUGGCCAUCCAGGGACCUGAGGACUCCCCUUCUCGACAGUCCCGCCGCUAUGACUGGUGAGGGCCCUGGGCCCUCAGCCUCUCUUGUACAGGCUGAGAGGCUGAGAAAUCAUCCCCUGAAAUAACUUUUUCCUCUCUGAAUCCCAUCCCCAAUUUAAUAGUAAAUUAUCAGGCAAGCCGGCCCCCACCUCUCCCUGGGGGUCUCAGGGAGAACCUUUCACUGCACCCUUUCCCUACUUUUUCCUUUCCUUCUUUAAUCCCCUUACCAUGAUGACUCCGCCUCUGCAUCUACUAACGAUUUUUCAUUCUGCCACUCCGUCUUCAAAUCAAACGCCCUCAGCUUUCGCAUUCUAUUCCUGCCAUGCAUUGAAGGGUCUUUUGGGGUGAGCUCUGGGUUUAGGGGCCUCCUCCAUCCCUCAGCUACCCUGGAUCUUUGCCCACCUCUUCCUCAGAGCCCCCAUUGAGGGGCUGUAGCCCUGUCCAGGGCUGUGAAAGGAGCAGACUGGUUCCCAACUCUUUCACCCUCCUCCUGCCCACAUACAUCACAAGACUCUUCCCUACACCCUUAUUUUUUGAUUUGUGCAACUUGUAACUAGGUGUUUAUGGAAUAAAGGAGAAUGGAAAAAA